CGCUUGACCUCCCCACCCAAGUGGCUGUUUCUCACCUGGGUGUCCUUGUUGGUGCUGUCCCCUCUGCCUGGAAGGCCCUCUCCCCUAAGCCCUACCCACCUUUUUACUUCUUUAACUUCUACUCCCCUAUAAAUAAAUACUCAGACCAUAAGUAAUCUCCCCCAGGAGGCCUUCCUGAUACCCCCACCCCAAUCCCUACCCUGGGCGCUCUCCUUUCAUUCUCCCAUGAUAUUAUUUUGAAGUUCUGUUGUUGCACUUACCACUCCACCCUAAAACAGACUGUUUAUAUCCAUCUCACCAAAUAGGCUCAAAAUUCCCUUAAGAUAGGAACCAUCUUAGACACCCACAUGACAAGAGGGAAGUAACCACCAUCACAUUUGUCCUUCUGCCCUCAAGAAGGAUCCUCUUCAGCCUGGCAUGGUAUGUAUAAAAUGUCUUGGAAGCAAGGGGAUAGCUCCUGCAGAUUUCUCUCCCUUUUCCACAUUUCUGACUAUAACUUGGGUCCUUGUGUUGCCAUAGUAACCAACAGUCCCAGAACACAGACUUCUGGCAGUUGGACUUUUAGUCACUGAGACUCGGGAUCUGAAGGAUUUUUAACGUCCCCAAUUUAUGGUUCAGGAGUUGGUAGCACCUCUUUCAUGUGGGCAGCCAUCAGAGCAGGGCAUGACAGAGUCUGCAACGUGUGUGUGUGUGUAGAGCAUGUGUGUGUGCAGAUUGCUGAGAUAAGGGAGACCUGAGAUUUGAGCCCUUGAACUCCAUGGCUCACUCAUCCUCCAGCAGCGACUGGACUGACACCAAGGACUGCAGCUCCGAAUCAGACCUGAGCCUCUCAGUGGGCUACUUCCCCUGUGAGGACACAUUCUCCCAUGAGAACACAACCUCCUGCGAAGACAUGUCUCCUGAGGGUCCUUCAAUCCACUUCAUCCCUCCUAUCCAAGGGACAUGGUGGACUGAAAGUAGAGGGAGACUCCUGGGGAGACGAGACCAAAUUCAAGACAACCCGGGGCAGUUUUGCAAACUAAGCAUAACCCUGGCCUGGGAUGUUGAUGUGGACUCUAAUAAUUCAGACUCCGUAGCUAAUUGGGACCUAAAUGGAGACAACCAGUGGACAGACAAGUACCCCAAAGAGAAGAAACAACCAACUCUCAGCAAACUGGACAGUCUGGUGCAAAAGCUUGAGAAAUUUCUAGAAAAUCAGAAAGAUGAUGAAGAUGAUGACUCUGUGUUCCCUGAAUCUGCUCAGGAGGAAGAUUUCCAGCUGUCCAGCAGCUCCUCUCCAGAUAUAGCUCAGGACAUUCAUCAAGAACAUACUUGUCAAGAUUUGCCCAAGUUUGACCCACCAGAAAAUGAAGAUGUCAUCCAGUUUCCAGAGAUUCCUCCAAGGCUUCACGAACACGAACCUGUUGAGAUACUAAGCCAGACAACUGGCAGCCAAAGGGCAAGCACUGUAGAGACCUCCUCAACCUCCUCAGGCCAGCCAGAAGAGGAGGACACUCAUUCCGGCACACAAGCCCCCUCCUGUCUGAACUUCAGGUGGGUCUUCCGCUGGCUAAGGCAGCAAGUCCUCUCCUCACUUUUGGGAAGACGGCGUCCUGAGAAGGCCACCAAGAGCCCCCAUCAGCUGGUUCAAAAGAAAAGACCCUCUCAUAGAGGCAAGAGAAUCCAACCUCAAGAAUCCCUCGAAUUAGGAUCCCCUGUAUCACCAGAUUUUUAAACUUUUUGAUAGCCCCUGUUCUACAAUCCCCACGAGUUAAUUUUUUUCCAAUAAACAAAACACAUAUUCUUGUUAUCCAUGUCUUCCUCUUCCUGCUCACCAUCUUGACCCAGGCUGAAAGUUUGCAUGUUGUCUAGAAGACCAAAAUGUAUUCUCAGGGAAUUUUAAGUAGUAUUAUCCUUCCUAACCUGAAGGUUCUCUUUCUCUCCUCUGUCUUCUUCUCAUUGUUUUUCACCCUAUUUCCUUUAUUUUAUGUAUUUUAACCUGUUUUAUCAUUAACCCAAAUCCCCAUUUUCAGAAAGUAGCAGUACAACCUAUCAGAUUGCCAAGGUGGCAAUAUGGUUCUGGUUGAACUUCCAGGGCUCGAGCAGUGGCAGCAGGUAACAAAUCAGUCAGGAAGCUAAUUCAAUGGGUAGUGUUUCAGUUCAGACGGUGGGUCUGAGGUUCCUAGGGGACCUGACUGGUUCUAGCAUGUGUUGCCUUGGGUAGAAUAAGCGGCCCACUAAGAAGCAAUGUGAGCAUUGGGAAUGCUACUUAACCAGUCUAAGGCUAACUUUCCUCAUUUGUAAGAUGGGGAAGAUAAUAAUAUAUAAUGAUAGGGUUGCUGUGAGAAUUAAUGGGAUAACACAAGCACUUAAUGAUAUUAUUAUUGUUGUUGUUGCUACUAUUCAUCCUCUCCAGAAGCCUUGACCCAAGGGCCAUCCAAGAGUGACAGUUUACGAGUCAAUUCUCAUUGAAAUAUUUCCCUCACAGAAGCAAUAUUUACCAAAAGUUAUGGGUUUCAGCAGCUCUUGACUCAAUUAAGUCCUCUCCCAGCCCACUCCCCGCUGUGCCCUCUGAAAUUCCUUUGCAACUGUCAUUCCACUUUCCUCUAAAUGUCUACUUCUUUGAGGAAGGCUGUACUCACUUUUUUGUCCCUGACCUGUCCCUGUUAUUGUUAUCAACUCACCUCUCCCACCCUCCUUAUUCACCUCCAGGUACUCAAGAGCCCUCCGUCUUCAGCCUUUGCUCCCAAACUAUAUGACCUGCAGAGAUCAUGUGGUAAAGCACAGGAUUCUUUAGUCUCAAAUUCCUUCCUUUCCUCAACUUCAAUUCCUUUGCCCCCUUCCUUCCUCUCCUUCUUCCUUCCUUCUACAAAUAUUUAGUACAAAGCAGUGCCAGAUACUUUUCCAGCUCACCAAAAAAACAAACUCGACUUUGGGCUCCGGUGGCUUAUUACUUAAGCGAUAAAGCCAGGUAAACAUAUGACUAUCAAGAGUAGUG